AUGCCUCCUAAGAAACUCGACCCGCUUAGCUGCAGCAGCAGCAGCAGCAGCAGCAGCAGCAGCAGCAGGAGCAACAGCAGCAGCAACGUCGUUCAUUUCACCAGCAGCAAUAGUGUCAUCAUCAGCAGCAGUAGCAGCAGCAGCUCUAGCAGCAACAACAGCAGCAGUAGCAACAGCAGCAGCAGCAGCAACAACAGCAGCUGCAGUAACAGCAGAAACAGCAGCUGCAGCAGCAUCAGCAGCAGCAGCAGCAGCAUCAGCAACAGCAGCAGCAGCAGCAGCAACAGCAGCAGCAGCAGCAGCAGCAGUCUUACAUGCCAGAGUCUAACAGCUGACUCAGCGACAGACGGAGAAGACCAGAGAAUGUUGGGGGGCAGCCGCGGCAGCUCUAAGAGGCCGCUGGAUUUGCUGCUGCUCCCCCAAAUGCCUCCUAAGAAACUCGACCCGCUUAGCUGCAGCAGCAGCAGCAGCAGCAGCAGCAGCAGCAGCAGCAGCAGCAGCAGGAGCAACAGCAGCAGCAACGUCGUUCAUAUCACCGGCAGCAAUAGUGUCAUCAUCAGCAGCAGUAGCAGCAGCAGCUCUAGCAGCAACAACAGCAGCAGUAACAGCAGCAACAGCAGCAGCAGUAACAGCAGCACCAUCAGCAACAGCAGCAGCAGCAGCAGCAGCAGCAACAGCAGCAGCAGCAGCAGCAGCAGUCUUACAUGCCAGAGUCUAACAGCUGACUCAGCGACAGAGUAA